UACUCUACUUUUCAAAAAUGAUCAUUCAUGUGUCAACAGCCAGGAGGCCUUUUGAUGCUCAGGAUCAGAUGGGACGGUACAACCAGUGCUGCUCGCUUAAAUUCAGCUAGAUCUGCUCCUGGCAUAUAAGAGGCAUCUCUGCAAGCUGGACUCAUGCCAGUACACGUAAACCCUGCAUUUGGAAGCCCAGAGAAAAGCAGCAUUUAAACGUGGAAGAAAUUAUCUCUCCUCGCCCUCUACCCAGCCCAAAUUGAGGCUCUGGACCACAUUGUCCUUUCCAUGUGCUGCUCUUGCAACAGACAGAUCAUUCUCAUGAAAUAGAUUGCUGACCGAGGGGAAAGGCCCGAACAAUUGUUCCCAACAAACACGCCUGUGGUACGCAGCCAAAGACAAUGAGAAAUGUCCCAGAAGCUCUCGGGACAGAGCACAGAUAAUGAGCCCCCCUCCAAAUCCUGCUUCGCUCUGCAGAUCUCGAACCGCCAACUGCAGCAGCAGCGGCGGCAGAGGGGCACGUAGGGAAGAGGCUGCUCAUUUAGUGCAGGCAGUCCGAGGUGCAGCAUGCCCUUCACAAGACGCAGGGCUUCCUUUCUGGGGCAGCAGCCCUCUACGUCUGCAGCGGAGAGCGUGGGCACCGCCAGCCGUAGGGUUAGCAUUGGUGGGGCAGGCAGCCUGUCAAGGCCGUCGGGGGUUUAUGUGGGAAUUGUGCCAACAGGAGGUGUCAGCAGCCUGGGCACCCGGGUGUCCCGCAGAGCUCUGGGUAUAAGCAGCGUCUUCUUACAAGGCCUCCGUAGCUCUUGCUCUACUGUCCCACUGCCCCAGGGGCUGGAAAGAGGACGGGGCCUAUCUUACGAGAGUCUGAAUGGGUGCCUGGUGGACUACAUUGAAAAGGUGAGAGCUUUAGAGCAGGUCAACCAGGAGCUCGAAGACCGCAUCCGUGUUUACCUGAACAAGAAAUCUUCCAGCGCCAACAACUGGGGAGCGCUGAGAGAGAGCUGGGAGACCAUCUACCACCAAGUCGGCGAUGCAGUCAUGGAAAAUGCCCGGCUUAUGUUACAGACAGAAAAUAUUCAAGCCUGUGCCGAAGAUGUUAAGGACAGGUAUGAAAAUGAGCAACCGUUCCGAAAGGCAGUGGAAGAUGAAAUUAAUUCUCUCUAUAAAGUGAUUGAUGAUGCUAAUUUGACCAAGGUGGAUCUGGAGAGCCAGAUUGAUAACAUGAAAGAAGAAUUAACUUUACUGUCAAAGAAUCAUGAAGAGGAUGUCAAGAUGCUUUACAAGCAGCUUGCUGUUUCACCACUGGAAGAACUAGAUACUCCCAUUGGAACAGGCCUGGAUGACAUACUGGAAAAAAUCCGGAUUCAUUGGGAGAAAGAUAUUGAAAGGAACCGAACUGAGACUGGCGCCCUGCUCCACACCAAGCAAGCCACAGAAACAGCACCAUCUGUACGGACACAAGAGGAGGAACUGGUUGAAUCCCUGAGGGUAGAGUUUCAUGAAACAGCUUGCAAAAUCCAAAGCCUGCAAGCAGAGACUGAAUCACUGAGAACUCUGAAGAGAGGUUUGGAGAACUCCCUCUAUGAUGCCAAGCACUGGCAUGACAUAGAGCUCCAGAAUUUAGGUUCUGUCAUCACCAAGCUGGAAGCAGAAGUAGGAGAAAUCCGUGCGGAGACUGAGCAGCAGCAGAGGGAUCGCGAAACUCUGCUGUCCAUUAAAACACAGCUGGAGAAAGAUAUCACCGCGUAUCACUGCCUUCUAGACAAAGAAGAGAGCAGCUGAUUUUCAAAUUUGUUGUCGUCAGAAGACAAUGAUUGUUGCUCAAAGCACAGGAUGAUGUCACUGGCAAAAGUGUCCAUGGAAACAAUGAAAGCCAAUGCAGCCUACUCCAACUUGAUUCGUCAACUUCAGUAGGCCACAGCUUGACCGACUGCACUAGGCAUCCCCACGUAUGAUUGCUUCGCUUACAGAUUUCAAAACUUCCUAUAUGAUUAUAGAAUAAAAUAUCAGUUCAA